AUGCAUCGAGGGGUAGGUGCCGGAGGAGGAGGAGGUGGAGGAGAAUCCCGUUCCAUUCGACGGUCCCAGACGUCACGACAAGAUUCCUUUGGUUUUGCCAGACACAUCAGCGGCAGGUCUUUUCGUCAGCUUCGUCGCAUUCGCUCAGGCGGCAGUACCAGCAGUAGCAAGAUCAUCAAACGCAAGACCAAGUACCAGGAGACAAUCCCCGAAGAAGAGGAGAGUGAUUGGUGUGCCAAGUCGAAUCCCCAUCAUAUUCCUCUCCAACACAAGCGAGCAUUGGCCGUCAAGACUCUGUCCACAAUCAACAGCAGGCGACCACCAACAACUCUGGCAAACAUUGGAGAAGAUGCCACUUGUGCAACAACUGGCAAUGACAAGGACAAGCACCGUGGAGGCUUUCUGAGUCGUGCACGAAGUCAAGUCAUUGAGCCAAUUCGGACCAACAGCAGUAAGACGAGAAUGGAUACUGUAAGAGUAGGAUCAGCAGGAGCUCAGGAUGAAGAAGGAGAUGUGUUGCUGUUGCAGGUACCCAAUGGAGAGGCUGUAGAAGUCGUCUCGCUUUAUCUAGAUGAUGACCGAGAUAGUACACUGUCCCAACAUGAAGCUGAAAAUGGUGGACCACCCCUGUUCAUGAGUCACAAUGGUGACAUUGUGGAGAAUGCGCACACUACCGUGGAAGAUGAUCAUGACAACAACAGCGCCAUCAAUCCCAAUGAUCAAUCUGGCGACUCACUAGAAAUAGAACCGCCCAGUGGGGACAAGUAUUCCAUUGGCUUCUUUGAGGAUGCUGAUGGUGUGGAAAGUCGAUUCACUUUGGAUGACCACUCCACCGCUGCGGAUGAAGUAUUAUCUACAGGCAACAUGACCGAACCACAUACUCUUGCCAGGAACCCCACCACUACGAGUGUUUCCGACUACUACCGCAAUCUCAUGAUGAGUCAUGACUCUCAAGCCAGUACAGUGCCCGUGGAAAAUGUUUCACCCCCUCACAAAGACAUGCCAGUGUCGGUGGCUCCGGACACAAGCUAUAGUGAUGAGGACGAUGACACCACUGUCGCGACUAGUGUGCAACACCUACAACAUCACAGUGACACGGAUGAUGACGACGACGACGAGACACGAUACACCAGCUAUGGAGAUGCAUCCUCGGUAGGCGAUGGAACUGCUUCGGUAUUUUCAGAGAUUACCACGGACACAAUGACAACCUAUGGAACGCAUACAACCUAUGCCACCACGGCAACAGAUGUGCUGCUCCUAAAUCGAUCUUGGAGGUCUGAUUUGAGCGUCAUGACUGGAUUUCACAAACCCCUCAACAUGUCUGUCAGUGAUGAAUUCAAGGACAUGGUCAGAGAAGUCUCCAAAAAUCCAGUGGUACUCGCCCAGUGGUUGAAUCCUUUAUGA